CUCUUCUCCCCUGCAAAAACCCUAUAAACAAAAAAAUGUCUUCUACUUCUCUAUUUAUCUUUCUAUUUACUCUAUUUCUUUGUUACCAAACCGUUUUUAGUAACACAAACCCAAUGAAAUCCCAUUUUCCAAAACCCUCAUCCUCUAAAACAUCAUUGUUAGAUGAAUCAAUCAAAUUCUGUCUGAAAGAAGCUCAAUCUACUCUCAUCUUUGCGUCUUCUUCAUUGAAGAAGGUUCGAAGUCAAAACAUGCAUUUGAUCAGUGGAACAAUGGUUGAUUGUAUAGAAUUGCUUGAUGAUAGUAUUGAUCAAUUGUCUAAUAUCGUUGAUCACUUAAAAUACUACAAUUUCAUUAUUCAAAACCCUUAUGAUAUCCAAACAUGGUUGAGUUCUGCUUUAACCAAUCAACAAACUUGUCUAGAGAGUCUUAAAGAAAAUUAUCAUAAGAUGAAAUUAGAAACCAAGUUAAUGGAGUCUAUGGUAAAAAAUUUGAGUGAUUCAUUGACAAAUUCUUUAGCAAUUUAUGUGUCAAUUAAGGCUAGGGGAAAUGGUAGAAGGAAAUUAUUGUCUCAUAAUAAUAUAAAUAAUGAUAAAUUUCCAAAAUGGGUGUCAAAAUUUGAGAGGAACCUUCUAAAAGCUUCUAUAGAGGAAAUAGAAAUAAGUGGUGUCGUGGAAAAGCAUGGGAAUGGGACACAUAAAACAAUAGGUAAAGCAAUUGGGUCAUUAGCGGGGGAGGGUAGAAAGGUAAUUCAUGUAAAAGCUGGGACUUACCAUGAGAAUCUUAAAUUCUCAACCAAGCAAAAGAACAUAAUGCUGGUGGGUGACGGAAAGGGCAAAACUGUCAUUGUCGGUGAUAGAAACGCUGACGAGGGCUGGACGACUUUUCAGUCAGCAACUGUCGCUGCCAUGGGCGAUGGGUUCAUUGCUCGAGACAUUACAUUUGUGAACACUGCUGGUCCUGCCAAGCAUCAAGCUGUUGCUCUUCGACUUGGCUCCGAUAAAUCUGUAAUAUUUCGAUGCUCCAUUUUAGGCUACCAAGAUACUCUAUACACUCACUCCAAACGCCAGUUUUACAGGGAAACUGACAUUUAUGGAACAGUUGAUUUCAUCUUUGGAAACUCGGCGGUAGUUUUUCAAAGCUGUAACAUUUACAUCCGAAAGCCCUCAAAUGGCCAACGUAAUUUCAUAACCGCUCAAGGUCGCUCCAAUCCAAACCAAAACACAGGCAUUUCGAUACACAAUUGUAAAAUUAUGGCAGCCCCGGAUUUGUUUCCUGUUAAAUCAAAAGUGGCAACGUAUCUUGGAAGACCGUGGAAGGAAUAUUCAAGAACGGUUGUAAUGCAGUCAUUCUUGGAUGAUUCAAUACAUCCAUCAGGAUGGUCGCCAUGGUCGGGAAGCAAGGGUCUUAAAACGGUUUAUUACGGGGAGUUUAAGAAUUCAGGGCCUGGAGCUUCGACUUCUGGUCGAGUCAAUUGGCCGGGGUAUAAGGCUUCACUUACAAUUGCAGAAGCUCAAGCAUUUACUGUUGGUGGUCUAAUUUCUGGGAAUCUUUGGUUGCCAUCCACUGGGGUUUCAUUUGACGUAGGAUUACUUGGUUAAGAUACUUUCUUAUAUGUGUUUAUUGUUACAAUAAAAUUAUAUAUAAAAAUUUGAAUAUAAA